AUGGCCGCAGUCAUGCAUAUUUUAGCAUAUUUGAAGUCUGCACCGGGAAAAGGAGUAUUAUAUGGGAGACACGGACAUCUGAGAAUUGAAGGUUUUACUGAUGCAAAUUGGGCUGGUGAUGUAACUGAUAUGCGAUCAACAUCUGGAUAUUUUACUUUUGUUGGAGGGAAUUUAGUUACUUGGCGUAGUAAGAAGCAGAAAGUGGUCUCACGAUCAUCAGCUGAAGCUGAGUACAAAGACAACCCAGUGCAACAUGAUAGGACUAAGCACGUGGAGGUUGACAGACAUUUUAUCAAGGAGAAACUUGAAGGGAAAAUUGUCUCUCUCCCGUGUGUGACUUCCGAGGAGCAACUUGCAGAUGUUCUAGGAGCAACUUGCAGAUGUUCUUACUCAUGCAGUAUAAUCAGAGCACUCAAAGAGAAAACUGAGGAAAUAAAAACCCCAACUGCAUCUUCAUCUUAUGCUGAUUCAGCUGAGGAAAUCACUAAGAAAUACGGCCUCAAAGCCGGUCUGUGGAAGAUAUUCAGCUCAAAAGAGAAAGGAAAGGAAGGAGAAGAGAAGUCGUCAAAGGGAGAUGAAGCCAAGAACCUGCUAGCAAAAUAUGGAGGGGCAUACUUAGCCACAUCCAUUACUCUCUCCAUCAUCUCGUUUUCGUUAUGUUAUGAACUCAUCGGCGCCGGCGUUGAUGUCCAAGCUUUGCUGCAAAAGGUGGGAAUGUCCGAUGGCAAGACCGGAGAGAAGGUUGGGACAUUCGCUUUGGCAUACGCUGCACACAAGGCCGCUUCUCCGAUUAGGUAUCCUCCGACAGUAGCUCUCACUCCCGUUGUAGCCAGAUGGAUCUGAAAGAAAAUCGAAAAGGCGAAUUAGCUUCUGUGUUUACUUAUCGUAUGCUAUAUGGUCCUUGUUUUUUUGGAGUUCCUGCAUUGCAACUUUAGGUUGUGUAGCCAUAAUCCACAUCAAAAUCUCCGUUCGACUUUUGUUA